UGGCCAAUGAGAGCCCUCGUUUCAAAGAGUUGCCUUGUCGGCCGUUGUCGGCGUCCUCCGUCAAACUCAACCGUCACCUUCGACAAGCCUUCGAGCGCCAAAUUUCCGAAUUGCCGGUGUACCUCAAAAUGCGUAAUCCGCCACCCAAUGUUGACUUUUUGCCAAAUGUGCCAAGGGCAAAUGAAGACCAAAAGAUGUUCCUCUUAGCGUACAUGGAGAAACAUGUCCCGUUUAGCCAAGGUGAACAUCGUAGCAGAAUGCACAAGGAUGACUACAAGGCUGCAUGGGAAGCCUUAACUGCGGCUCUUAAUAACUUUCCUGGUGCUGCAGAGAAAUCCAGCUCCAAGUGGCAAAAGUACUGGACUGACCAAAAGACGGGAGUUACUGGAAGAGCACGAGCGCUCAACAACUCAAAACGAGGCUCUUCAAGGCAUCCCCCAUUGGAAUUUCUCACGCCUUACGACCAAAGGGUCAUCACCUGUAUGGGUGGGUGGACUGCGGUUGUGGGGAUCUCACCAACUAGGGAUCCCUUGGAGAUCAAUCCCUUUGGGAAACACUCCCGUUCGAGGUCCAACUCAACCCACUCUAGGAGCCGUUCCAGAUCUCACUCUCGCCAAUCUAGAAGACACAGCAGAUCCCGCUCUCCCAAUUCAAGACACAGCAGAUCUCACACAACCCACUCAAGGAGACGUUCCAGAUCUCACUCUCGCCAAUCUAGAAGUCGCAGCAGAUCCCACUCUGCCCGCUCUAGAAGGCAUAGCAGAUCUCAAUCUCGCUAUUCAAGAAGACGCAGCAGAUCCAACUCUCCCCGCUCUCGAAGACGUACCAGAUCCCACUCUCGCCGCUCAAGAAGACGUUCCAGAUCUCACUCUCGCCAAUCUAGAAGACGCAGCAGAUCCUACUCUCCCCGCUCUAGAAGACGAACCAGAUCUCACUCUCGCCAAUCUAGAAGACGCAGCAGAUCCUACUCUCCCCACUCUAGAAAGCGCAGUACGUCUCACUCUCCAUACUCUAGUAGGCGCAGCAGAUCUGCUUCUCGCAAAAGCCACAGCAGAUCUCAGUCUAAGGAAAGAAGUAAUAGGUCCCAAUCUAGUAGGCACAGCAGAUUGGAGUUACAGAAAUCAUCAAGCACAGGCAAAUCUAAGGCCAGUUCUGUCUGGGAACAUGAACUUGCAUCAAAAGGUCCUGUUGAUAGUGCAGGGUGGCAGGUUAUGCCUCCCUUACCUGAAGACGAGCGGACAGUUUCUUCUGAUAAAGUUGUUCCCAUGCCUGGAACCUCAAUGUCCCCGAGUUCUGCUGCAUCUGGCUCCAAGCCUGUCAAUGUUCAAACUGGAGUUGCUGGACAGAAAGUUUCUCCUGUUAAAGUUGUUCCCAAGCCUGGAAACUUGAUGGCCCCGAGUCCUGCUGCAUCUGGCUCCAAGCCUGGAAACUUGAUGUCCCUGAGUUCUGCUGCAUCUGGCUCCAAGCCUGUCAAUGUUCAAACAGGAGUUGCUGGACAGAAAGUUUCUCCUGUUAAAGUUGUUCCCAAGCCUGGAAACUUGAUGGCCCCGAGUCCUGCUGCAUCUGGCUCCAAGCCUGGAAACUUGAUGUCCCUGAGUUCUGCUGCAUCUGGCUCCAAGCCUGUCAAUGUUCAAACAGGAGUUGCUGGACAGAAAGUAUCUUCUGUUAAAGUUGUUCCCAGGCCUGGAAACUUUAUGGCUCCAAGUCCUGCUGCAUCUGGCUCCAAGCCUGUCAAUGUUCAAACUGGAGUUUUCAUGUCCCUGAAUUCUGCUGCAUCUAGCUCUAAGCCUGUUAUUGUUCAAACAGGAGUUGCUGGUCAGAAAGUUUCUUCUGUUAAAGUUGUUCCCAAGCCUGGAAACUUGAUGGCCCUGAGUCCUGCUGCAUCUGGCUCCAAGCCUGUCAAUGUUCAAUUUGGAGUUGCUAGUCAGAAAGUUUCUUCUGAUAAAGUUGUUCCUAAGCCUGGAAACUUGAUGGCCCCGAGUUGUGCUGCAUCUGGCUCCAAGCCUGUCAAUGUUCAAACUGAAGUUGCUGGACAGAAAGCUAUGAGCAGUAUGCUGACUGGCCUUGACGCAUUGGCCUUUGCAGCAUCAACCAAAUCUCCUCUGGUACCAGGAAUAAAGGCCAAUAUUAAAAUAAUUGAUGGGAAGCAAGUGCUGGUUUUAAGGCAACCUUUUAAUUUAAUUACAAACAAUUUGAGCAAUUCACGUUAGGUUUUUAUUUUGUUGUGAUAAAUUUUUUUUAUUCCAAAACUAGUUUUUCUACAUACUGUGAGUAUUGGUCUUUGCUGUCUUCUGUUGCGAUUGUUCUGAAUGAAUUAGAAUGUGAUUAUUGUUUGUACUAUUCAACUGGUAUUUGUAGUUCCUGAAUGAAUUAGUGUCUGUGGGUGUGAUGUAUUUAAUGCUUUCAUUGGUCCACUUUAGUUUGAACUACGUAUGUAAUUACAACUGAUAUGUGAUUAUUGGUUUUAUUGUGAAACUACUAUUAGUUAUUCAUGUGAUCUAGACCUUGUCCCCACUAUAUAUUUACA